CUCUCUCUCCUCCCUGAAUGUGACGCUGUGUGCCCACCCACUCCUUAAGAGAGAGAUAGAGGGAGAGAGAGAGGGAGAGGAGAGACACCGAGCAGCACAGAGAGCCAGUCUGUUUUCGGCUCCCAGUUCACUGUAGCUCCUCUGCCAGACAGCACUCACCCAUCCACCAUCACACACUCUCAAACACAUUCCCUCUCACUAUACGACAGCUGACAACACCUUUUCAUUUUUCCCUGCAGCAGCACAGACUCACACGACCCGAUCCAAAAAGGGAAGAGAAAAAAAAACCCGACCCGAUUUGCACUGCAGACGCACCAGCUCUGAGGCGGCUGGGUCGAGGCUGGAGAGGGUGACUGGAGAAUGGAAUGGAACCUCAGAAGGAUGGAAAGUGAACUGAGGCAUAUCAACCCGGACCUGCUGCAGCCCAGCAAGAGCUUCAAGAAGCCCUCUUCAGGCACCAUCACCAUCAACGUAGGGGGGUUCCUGUACACCGCCCAUCGGACCACCCUUGUCAAACACCAGGGUUCCUUUCUGGAAGAGCUGGCCAAUGGUAAGAAGCCGGUACAGCACACCGAUUCCAUGGGCAACCCGUUCAUCGAUAGAGAUGGUCCAGUUUUUCGCCACGUGCUCAACUACCUCCGAAGCGGAGAGCUCCAGCUGCCUGAUGACUUCCGGGAGGCAGGGCUCCUGCGAAGGGAGGCUGACUUUUACCGUCUGAGUGAACUGGUGGAAGCCGUGGUCGAGUGGGAAAGUCAGAGGGCGGCCCAGCGGGAGGCCGCCUUUUUGGAGAUGACGGAUAGCCACGAGAGGUCGCAGGGCCUCAAGGUGUACUGCAGUGACUCCACCUUCAUCGACAAGGUCAAAGGGCGGCUGGUGCAGAUCUCCAAGAGCCGCCUGGACGGCUUCCCGGAAGAAUUUGAGGUGUCGUCCAACGUGAUCCAGUUCCGACACUUCAUCAAGUCGGAGCCGGGCUCGCGGCUCGUACUGAAGGAGGACAGCACAUUCUUGUGCACACUUGACUGUCUGAAACUAGAGACAGUGAUGCUAGCGCUGAGAUCUGGCUUCAAGCUGGUCACCAGCCUCGACAGCAGCAAAGGCUCUGUGGUGGCGGCUGAGGCCCUGCACUUUGUCAAGUAGGAUGAAGGGAAAACCGAAGGAAGAGAGAGGAGAAGUGGGGAAGGCAGAGAGGGAAAAAGAGUAGUGCCUGAAUCCAUAUCCACCCUGCUAACGUAAGGUAUUGGCUUGAAGAUCUUGUAACGUGUGCUGAGCUGUAAUGUGUCAUUGGGUGGGAGAAGAACAGGUGGGUUUGGACUGUCUCACACGACAGUGUUUAUAUGUUUACUGCACAAUGCUGGCUUACAAAGUUUGGGGUGAUUAAUCAACCUUUACACUGCUUUGUAAGCUAGUAUUUAUAUAAUUCAGAAUGAUCCAGAUCAACUGAGCAUUUAUGAAAUUGCAUUUGAAUUGGAUAUGAAACUACUCUGUAAUAUGGAAGACAAGCCAACAGUGAAUGUUUCCAUAGAGAAGACGAAGGGAUCAAACCGAGAGUCUGAGCAUCGACAGCUUUAUCAGUGGAUUUGUCUCUGCACAUGAACUGCUUCUGCUGCUUUGUCAACAGCUACAAAAGCCUUCAAAACCAGCCGUGAUGUGCACUGUUGUGCCAUUCAGCUUUUACUACAGUCUGUGCCUGUGUGUAUGUGUGUGUGUUGCUUUACACUGUGUGUGCUGUGUUUAGUUGGUUUAAUAGCUUGUGUUUAGUUUAUUAGCCUCUCUGGAGCCUGGAGGGAAAAACCACGGCGCAUUGAGGUUGUUUUUUGAGGAUGGACUAACAAACUUCACGUCCAAAAUCUGACUGAAGCAACACUAACUGUUUCUCAGAUCACGUGGACGAGUCGAGUUUAAGUGCAAAGAACCGUGAUUAUUGUAAGGGCUUUGAAUCUAGCAUGAUGCAUGUGAACUGAAUACACUGUGUGUUUGUUAGUGCUGUGAGCCUCUGUGAAGUCAGUGCCACAACAAUGCCUAUUAGUACUUUUCAAUGUGAAUAUUUUACAAAUAAAAAAAGACACUGAAACUAUUGGAAAGUGUAUCUGCAAAAGUCUGUGUACCGUUUAAUGCCUAAGUCAUUGCUUGGUGUAGAAGCCUGUCAAAUACUGCUUUUAAUAAUGUUAAGUGUUGUAAAGUUACUUUGCAUUAAAGAACAACAUCAGACAGCCA